GUUUGGUUUUGGGGGACGGAGGAGGCCUACAGCUGGUAGUGCCCAGGGAUCACUCCACAGACAGCCCUCAGUGCCGGCCGGGGAUGGAACCCAGGUCGGCUGUGUCCGAGGCGAGCACCUGCCCCCAUGUCCCCUCUCCUAGGCCCUGCAGUCCCGCCUUUUCUUCCUGAGUUCUCAGCCUCCAGGUAUGAACUCCUGAGUUUGCUGGGGGAGGCGUCUCCGGCUCUCAGCUCAGUAUUCCCCCUCACCCCUAGGCUCUUGGCCCCCUUCCCAGGUACCUGAGUAAGACAGUAAGACAUGUGACCUGGGACACACACCUGUGCCUGCCUGGCACCCUCUUAGCCUUACACUGUGCCAGCCACAGUCAUCCCUGCUCGAGGCUGUGGGCGUUCUCCGGGGUUCACCAGACUCACCUCCCCUCCAUGACUUCCUCCUUUCUUUGGGUUGUUGGACUACACCCGGCAGUGCUCAAGGCUUGCUCCUUGCUCUGCACUCAGGGAUCACUCCUGGCAGGUUCAGGUGACCCUCUGGGAUGCCAGUGAUCAAACCCAGGCAAACGCCCUGCCAGCUGUACUGUUGCGUAGGAGUGUCGUGUGCCACUCAUGCCCCGUUUGGGGCCCAGAAGUUCACAAAUGUGCCUGCCUUUUGUUCCCAGGUGCUGCCCAGGGCUGCCCCCGACUCUUCCCUGAGCCCCGUGCCAGAGAGCCUUGUGGGCUCUGCCCUAUCUGCAGCCUCUGUCCGUGGUGCCGGUACCGGGACUAACCUGGCCAUGGACAGGCCUGAGCGGCCAGAGGAGCAGCCGCCUCGAGAGGCUGACCUGGAGCCGGCGGGGACAGCAGCCGCGCCUUCAGAGGUGGUCCCUCGGGCCCUGCCUGGAGGAGAUGCCCAGAAUAUCUCUGACGUGGACGCCUUCAACCUCCUCCUGGAGAUGAAGAUGAAACGGCGGCGGGAGCAGCCCCGGCUGCCCCGCACAGUGACCCAGCUGGUGGCCGAGGACGGAAGCCGGGUGUAUGUGGUGGGCACGGCCCACUUCAGCGACGAUAGCAAAAAGGACGUUGUGAGGACCAUCCGCGCCGUGCAGCCCGAUGUGGUGGUGGUGGAGCUGUGUCAGUACCGAGUGUCCAUGCUGAAGAUGGACGAGCGCACGCUGCUGCGGGAGGCCAAGGAGAUCAGCCUGGAGAAGCUGCAGCAGGCCGUGAGGCAGAACGGAGUCAUGUCAGGUCUCAUGCAGAUGCUGCUACUGAAGGUGUCUGCGCACAUCACGGAGCAGCUGGGCAUGGCCCCCGGCGGCGAGUUCAGGGAGGCCUUCAAGGAGGCCAGCAAGGUGCCUUUCUGCAAGUUCCAUCUGGGAGACCGGCCCAUCCCUGUCACCUUCAAGAGAGCCAUCGCAGCGCUGUCCUUCUGGCAGAAGGUCAAGCUGGCCUGGGGCUUGUGCUUCCUGUCGGACCCCAUCAGCAAGGACGACGUGGAGCGCUGCAAGCAGAAGGACCUGCUGGAGCAGAUGAUGGCCGAGAUGAUCGGCGAGUUCCCCGACCUGCACCGCACCAUCGUGUCUGAGCGCGACGUCUACCUGACCUAUAUGCUGCGGCAGGCAGCCCAGCGCCUCGAGCUGCCGCGUGCCUCAGAAGCCGAGCCCAGGAAGUGUGUCCCCUCCGUGGUGGUGGGCGUCGUGGGGAUGGGCCACGUGCCGGGCAUCGAGAAGAACUGGACCACCGACCUCAACAUCCAAGAGAUCAUGACCGUGCCCCCACCGUCCGUCUCUGGCAGAGUGUCACGCCUGGCCGCGAAGGCCACCAUCAUGGGCCUACUGGCCUACGGCCUGUACUGGACCGGGCGCCGUGCCGCCAGCCUGCUGCUGUCACUGCCCGCCACCCAGUACUGCCUGCUGAGGAUGUCCGAGGCCCGGCUGCACAAGUAGGCGGGACCAGGGAGCCACCGCGCCAACUUCCAGGCCACAGCUGAGGGGGACGGGCCUGGCCCUCCCUAGGGCUCCUGGGUUUCACCCCCUGUGGGGGUCCAGGCCCAGCCUUGCCUGCCCUUCCCACCCUGCCCCAAUAAAGAAUUAUUUAACUGCUCUGA